GGUGCAUUUUUCCCAGCUACUUGAACGCAGCUCAUUUGAUCAUGUGACCGACAUCAGCUGACCUGCAGGCGGAACCAGGCGGAAACAUGGCGGCUCCACUGAGCAGGCUGGCCGUCGCAGACUGUCUGAAGCUCUGUCACAGGGUGGUGGAUGGACUGUGUGGGAGGGAGCCUCCUGACAGGGGGGACUACAGCGCCUCCUGGAGCCUGGAGGAGUGGCUGCAGCUGCUCACCUCCCUGACGGCCCUCUUCCGCCUGGCAGUGGGGAACAACAGCUCUGAUGAAGAGGUGCUGGCAGGGCUGGCAGAUGUGGGCAGCAGCCAUGCUAAAUGUGUGCUGAAUGUGCUGCGAGCGAGACGGGAGGAGAUCUGUGACGCUUUGCUCGACAGAACCAACUCCAUCUCCUCCGCUACUCUGCAGGACUUUGACUGGCAACUCAAGUUAGCUCUGUCCAGUGAUAAGAUCUCGUCUCUCCACACUCCUCUGCUCAGUCUCAGUCUGGAUAUUAGAGAGAACAGAGCCCUCCGGUCUGUCACCAUGGAGAUGAACAGAGAGGAGUUGAACACACUAAUCAGUUCACUAGAGGCUGCUAAUAAGGUGGUGCUGCAGUUGAAAUGAUGAUACAGGAAGCCCUGUGGAGGGAUGUCAUGAUGUCACUGCCAUGAUUUUGUGUUGGAGAAACAAUUUUUUCAGAUAAAUUGAUGAGUUCUGUCCUUUGUACUUCAGUCGCGUAUAUUCUAAGUUGAACAUUCUACAUGUAUUAAGUAGUUUGGCAGCUUUCAAUGGGGACUUUUUUUAUUUUGAAUUAAAACAACUAUACUUCC